GCAGCGGUGGCAGUGACGUCAGUCGUUCGCGCCAUACGUAACGCGUGCCUAUGACGUCACCAACGAACCCGCCUCCCCGGACACUCCUCCGUUGUGCCCAGAUGAUGGACGCGUUGACCUGAUACAACUCGGGAUCAAGAUGGAGAGUCAGAAUCCAAAUUUAACCUGCAUUAUUUGCUUCGACACGUUCCGGGUUCCUGUGACCAUCCCCUGCGGUCACACCUUCUGUGAGAAAUGCAUCACCCGUCACUGGGACACCCAGAGCAAGUCCGACGUCCCAGCUCAGUGUCCCAUCUGCAGCAAGAAGUUCCCCAUCAGGCCCAUCCUGAACCGUAACGUGAACCUCGCCGUCAUGACGGAGGCAGAGAACAGCCACAGCAGCGCUGGCGGAGAGCCGGUUAGCAGGGAUGGAGGGGGCGCGACAGCUAUACUGUGUCAUCUGCACAACAUGCCCCUGGUGUAUUACUGCAAGGAGGACAAAAUGGGAGUUUGCAUCAAGUGUGGAGUAUCAAACUGUAAUUCCCACCAGAAGGUGUUGUUGGAGACGGAGCGGGAGACCCAAGGGUUGUUGCUGAAGAGCAAGAGUGCAGAGGUGGAAAAACUCAUCAAAGAAAAUGACAGGAGUAUUGGCGUACUGACGGAAAACAUUGAAAAAGCCAAGGUAUCUCUCAAGCAGACUUCCAUCUGGUUGGACUCCAAAUUCUGCAGCCUCAAGGAAGCGCUGGACGAGAAGCAGGAAACCACGAACCACUUCAUCGAGCGGAAGAACCUGGGCGACCUUGCCCAGGCUGAGGCACGGCUCACCCAGCUGCGCGAGAGGGCCCAGGAGCUACGACAGAGCCAGCACCGCAUCGAGGAGCUGCAUCAUCUCCCCGAUUCAGAGCUCAUCAAGGAGUCAACGCUGGUGAGGGUUCCCAGCUUCAAGGAGAUUCCAGUGGACAUGACGCCCAAUCUGCAGGAGCGUCUCAACGGGAUCACAGAGGUCCUUUCCCGCGUAUCCAAGCUGGUGACGGAGGACCUGGAGAAGGCUGUGAGCGCUGUGGUCGGCCAGGACAAACAAGGUUCCCCCCAGGACAAGCGCCCUGUCCUGGCUGUGGUUCCCAGCCCGGCCGCUCGAUGCCACCCUGGAGGGAAGGAGGGCCUCAACGCCUACAGGUGUUCCUUGACCUUUGACCCGCGCACGGCCAACGGCCACCUGCUGCUGUCCCAGGAGAACCGGCGGGCAGAGCACCUGACCUCCGGGCCGCGUCAGGUCCUCGCCAACGAGGCGCGCUUCGACCACACCUGGCAGGUGCUCUGCUUCCAGGGCUUCUCCAGCGGCCAGCACUACUGGGAGCUGGAGGUGUCCAAGCCCUGGGCCUACCUGGGGGUGACCUACGAGGACAUCCCCCGCAAGGAGAAGGGCAAGCGCUGCAUGGUGGGCAUGAACGAGCUGUCCUGGAGCCUGCAGCUGGACGAUCACCAGCUGAGCGCCUGGCACGGGGGCCACCGCGAGAUUCUGGCAGGCCACCCCCGCCACAAGCGCCUGGGCUUGCUGCUGGACUACGAGGCGGGCACGCUCACCUACUACGGCGACGGGGCCACCCGGCUGCACGCCUUCCACUGCGCCUUCACCCGGACGCUGUUCCCCGCCUGCUGGAUCGGUGAGGACGUCUGCGUCACCCUCUGCUCCACGUGAGCACAGCGCUCCGGAGAACUCUCAGGGGGUCCCGCUGAAGACACACACACACAUGCGCGCGCACGCGCACACACACACGCUGACACACACACUGGUAGACAGGGCUCUCCUGCAAAGCCCACGUCUCCAGGGUUCCAAGGUUAAGGUUUCCUUCUCCGGGCUUAUUAGUAAAUUUUUAGGCAGGGACAACUUCUCCCAAAGUGCUGAAUGUUAGUUUAAACUUUCUAAAUGGCAGAUCCUCAUAACAACUCUUGGUGCAAUCCAGUAUUUUCCACUUUAUUUUCUCAAUUCCUCCUCUGUUGGACAAUCCACGUUAUAGUAGCACACCAUGAUGGCUCCAUCAUCAUUCAUAUUAGUAACCACAUUGGUUCAAUGCUGCAGGUUUUAGUCUCUGUUGCAAGUUGGACUUGCAAUCGGAAAAACACAUGAAUCAACGUCUGACCUUAAGGAAAAAGGAAGGACAGUCGAAGGCCAAUGAGAGCUGACAAGGUUUUCCAAUAAGGACCCAAGCAUCCUGAAGCUGCUCACUGCAGUGUCCAAUCACAUGUGGUACUAUGUCCGCCGGGAUAAGGUUACAAAGGAGGGCAAAGGGCCGAUUUCAGGGUGCCGGUGGGAGUAAGGAAUCGCAACAAGGCCUCCUUCUCAUAGCAAGACUUUCUUAAAAGGAUUUGUCAAUUGGAACACCUUUAUCAGUGCACUUUUAAACAACAGUUACACUAAUACUGGAAUGGGAGGGAAUUGGGUCGAUUCCAGGCAAAAAAAUUCCUUGAAGUUAAAUCCUCAAAGCAAUAAUCUGAUCGAGAACAAUGAAGAUUAGGGCCCGACCGAUAUUGUUUUUUGAGUGCCGAUGCCGAUGCCGAUUAUUUUCAGAGAAAAAUUAAGAUUACGAUUUAAUCGGCCGAUUAAAAACAAAACAAAAAAAAGCCUAUAAAACGUCGUUUUUGAUACCUUAAAUAUGCUUUAAAAACUUUUGACGAAUAUGUGAAUUGAAUGCAGAACCUUUGAGUGUUUUAGAAUACAUUUAAAGUCAAAAAUGUGUGUAAUGUAAAAUGUAAAAUAAAUAACUAACUCCCAAUGUGCUGCGCUCGUGAGCAGUGACUAACACCUGCGUGCUGAGCAGUAUGGUCUCACCGUUAGAGUCUACAGUAUAACAAAUUAACAUGGCCUGGGACCUAAAGAAAAACAGGCACAACAUGCUCAAACAACGCGUCUUGUGUACAUUGGUGAGGUGAGCGCGCAGCUGCCUGAGCGAGCGUGCUUUCAUGUUGUACGGUAAAAUUCAAUCCUCUUUUUUACUCCAGCUAAAGUUGUUAGUUAGCAAGGCGAGUAGGAGCGCAAUCUGCAGGAUACUAAGCGCAAUAACAUUUCUGAAAAUAAAUAAAUAAAUAAAAAAUCGGUUGUAAUCGGCGUCUUUUUGGCAGAUGUUGAUUAUUUUCAAAAAGGCUAUAAUCGGCCGAUUAAAUCGGCAGGCCGAUGAAUCGGUCGGGCCCUAAUGAAGAUGCACACUAUGUGAAUCAUGCAGGAGGAACGGCCAUGUGACCUGUUUGGGACCGCAGUUCAUUCCAAGCCAUAGUGGUACUGCUACCGCCUCGUCACUGUGGGAUGGACGGGGUACCACUGGAAACGGCACCGCACAUGCCAGCCCCUCUUUGGUUUUCCCCUACGACGGGAUAUGUCCGCUGUACGUUAUUGCUUUGAUAUUUCCUUUUGUUUUUUCAUUUGUUUUGUCUCUCAAGCUGAUGAAAUCAGCCUAGCAGAACACAGCCCUCAGAACGGUGGACUGGGAGGGUAGGGUUACUCACUGGCACCGGCGUAGGAGUGAAGGGCUGAGGAGUCAUUCUGGGUGUAACCUCUAACAGCUGGUCCCGUCUAGGGCUGGGCGAUUUGGCCUAAAAUAAAAAAAUGUACCCACCAAACCCGAUUAUUUAAUAGAUUUUUUUUUCUAUAAAUGAGAAAUAAAUAUCUAUUUUAAGUUUGGAUUUUAUUUGAAGAUUAACAAAAAGCUAAAUUUGGUUGCCACAGACUUUAGGCAAACUCUAAACACUAGAUUUUUCCAGCGCAUGCAGCCAUGUUGACAUUUUAGUCUUUUACUUCUUUUAAAUAAUCUUUUUUUUUUUAAAUCUAUUAUUGACCAUAAAUUGGAAUAACGAUUAAAAAUCUAUUAAUGGCCCAGCUCUAGUCCGGUCAUCCUCGCUGCGGUGCUCUCCCGGGGGCUGCCUUGUCCCUCGCCCUGCGUCGCGUCCUUUGGCCCCAGUGGAUCUUUGUGAGAGCCGAUGUGUUUCAGCUAUGUUUGUUUGUGUGUGUGUGUGAAGAGUAAAAAGUGUUGGCCAAAUGGCCUCACCUCUGAGUGAAA